AUGGGCAAGCCGGGGCUAGGACUCUUCACGGGGCGCAGGAAGUCGCAAAGCAACGUGCUGGAGGACGUCGUUGCAGGCGGCGCACCCGCGAGCCCUGAUGUCGCGGCGCCUGCACCCCCUCCCGGCGACUCGGGCGGCUUCCGCCUGAUGAGCCGGCAGGAGGUCGAGAAGACGGCAGAGCGCAGGAAGACGAUGGAAAAAGAGAAGAAGAGCACCUUCCCCCGUUUCAGCGGCUUUGGCAGCGCAGGCAACAAGGCUCGCAAUCAGUCAUUUGAAGAUGAUUCUCCAGGAUCCUCAAAGCGCGACAGCAAGUCCAGCAGUGGGACGCAAUUUUCGACGUCUCGUCCCUAUAUUAACGGCCAGCAUGGAUCGACCUCCACCCUGCCGUCCUCCACCGACACUGGCUCCGACGACAACCUCUUUGCCAACGUCCCGCGUCCGCAGAUCGCACAGCACAGCAGCUCCCCUGGCUCGUAUUUCAGCUCCAAAAAGUCAACGCCAGCCUUGCCCAAGACUAGCUCAGGAGCCCCCUCCAAUAAUAGCAACAUGCCGUUCGGCUUUGGUAAGCGAGAUCGCGCUAUGACAACCUCCAGCUACGCCAGCACUGCAAUGCCGCCCAAGCUCGACCAGGAACUGUCCUUUGGAGAAGAUUCUUCUUUCGACGAUAUCUUCAGCGGACUAAACCGCAAGGCCUCCCCUGAAAUGUCGAGACAGCCUGAGCCGACGGGCCGCUCGCUCCUUGCGGAAAAGCGCACAUUCCAGCCAGAGCCCAUCAAAGUUCUACCACAGACGAACGUUGAGGCACCCUUAAGAAGUUGGGACAGCCGUGGAUCAGCCGACAACCUCAUGGACUCUCCGCGUUCAGACAACGACUCCCCGCCCGUACCGCCCCCGCACAAGUACCAACAGUACGCGCCCGUCUCGAUGGCGCCCGACAGCCCCGACCUGCAAUCAUCUGCCACAUUCCAAGAUCGUAAUGGUCGAGCCGCCCGCGAGCCCUUCAUGCGAGGUGGGGACAGUUCCCCCGAGCAGCAUCCUACCUCCAUCUCGACGUCAUCCGCCAACUCCUUGGAGACACCUCUCUCAUCGCGGUCAGCCUCCACCAACGCUACACCGAGAGCACCGCUGCCGCCGUCGGCCAUUGCAUACGAUGAUGACGAUGAGGACAACAUGUUCGCACCUCCGCCGCCCAAGCCUCAAGCUCAGGCAUCGCCUGCGCCCAGGCAAGCUCCUCCCGUUGCAAAGGAUCCUCCUCGUCCUGUCGAUCCAUCAGGUUCGCGUGUUAUGUCACAGGCAGAGUUCCGCGAGUACCAGAAGAAGCGAGCCGCUGCGCCGCCCCCUGAGGACAGCGAUUCUGAGGACGAUUACGAGGACGAAGAGGAUGCCAUCAAGAAACGUGAAGAGGAGGAGGUGCUGAGGCGGAAGAACCAACAGAUGUCGUUUGCGAGAGAAGCUAUGCGUCGCUCAACAAUAGCACCAGUGGACCCCAAUAGGCCUGAAAGCAUUGUUGACAGUGCCUUUGCAUCAUCCAGCAUGGGCUUCCCUUCGGAGACUUCGAUGAAGGCAGACGAGUGGGAGGAUGAGGAUGUUCCUCUUGGUAUCCUUGCGCAACACGGCUUCCCCAGCACAGCACGCAACCGAGUGCCCAGCCAACCCGCCAACGCAGUGCCAUCGUACUUCCCUGACCGUCCAGCCUCUGCUGGCGCGAUGGGUGGUAAUCGUGCAUCGACCCUCCCUGCUUUCGCCAGGAACCUGCCAAUGGACCCACACAACUCUUUCAUUGGUGGUGGUCUAGUCCAUCACGCGAACCGCGAGUCGCUGGGCUUCAACAACUUCCCUCGUGGCCCACAGUCUGUCGCUGGCGAUGCAAUGAGCGGAGGCUACGGGCAAGGUCCUAUGGGCGCACCGCCGCCGCUCAUGUACCAAGACGCUGGCAUGGCUGCGCCGUCUCUCGUCGACCAAAUCCAGAUGCGCGACAUGACUAAGAAGAAGUAUCUGGGUGGUGCAUCCAGCAAGAAGCCUGCAGAAGGUCCAUUCACCGGUAUGCUCGGAAACCAGAUGAACACGCAGGGUCAGCCCCAGAACCCAAUGCGCAUGUCGCAGAUGCCAAUGAUGAACGGCAUGAACGGUAUGCAGGGCAUGAAUGGCAUGAAUGGCAUGAACGGCAUGAUGGGAGGUGCAAUGGGCUCCCCUGGCCAGAUGCCGAUGAUGGGUAUGGGUAUGGGGCAGAUGGGUUACAUGCCGCAGCAGCAGGACUUUAUGCAGAUGCAGCAGCAGUACCAGCAGAUGCAGCAGAUGAUGGCCAUGCAGUUCCAGCAGAUGCAGAUGCAGCAGAUGCAACAGCAGCAGCAGCAGCAGCAGCAGCAACAAGAUCCCCGGAUGUCGAUGGCUAUGCCAAACAACAUGUUCAACAAUAACAUGAUGGGUCAGGGUCAGAACAUGAUGGGCAACAAUUCGUUUCUGAAUGUGCCAGGCAUGCAGAAUGGUAUGCAACCUCCUCAGAACCGGCCCAUGUCUGUUAUGUCCACGCAGCAGCGCCCAUUCUCGACCUUUGGAGGUGGCAUGGGUAUGGGACCAGGUCCCGGAUACACACCGUCGAUUGCACCCUCUGAGCGUUCAAACAUUGGUCUUUCUGCGCGGUACCGACCAGUCACUAACCACUCGGAUGCAGUCUCGAAUGGCACGAGCAUGACGCUGCAAGCUACCAGCGGCGGCGCCAAUAAGCCGGGUGCCAUCAAGGGCAUACUGAAGAAGAGCCCGCAGAUCAACGUCGAAGAGAAGGAUGACGAAGAAGACUGGGGCUCGAUGGCGGCCCGCAAAAGCAAGUUUGGCAAGGGAAAGGAGAACUCGAGUUCAGGCCUGGAAGACCUGACGCGUGGUCUCAACAUUUGA